UCUGGCCGAUUGAUAAAAGAGACUUUGGGAACAAAAGGAAAUAAAAACAUUUUUGUGAAUACACCACAAGUUAUUAUUCGUACAUUUGGAUACUUUGUAAUUGAAGUGUCGGGGGUGUUAAUUGGCAUUGAUUAGCUAUGCCAUGGUAAGUACAGUAGUGGUGGUGUUGCCGAUCAUGAUGAUGAUCCGAUCGGAGUUGUGGUAGCUGAGAACGGGGAAGGGGAUAAUUGUACACCAGACGAACGAAAUGGCAAAAAUCGAGGAUUCGCUGGUGCUGCUGGUGCUGUUCUUGUGGACUUUGGUGUCAGGGCUGUACUUUCCCCAGUCGGAGCUGAGCUUGCGGAUACCGUACACGAGGAGCAGCAUAGGUCUGAUAGCCGAGAUCAACCUGACGACGGUGAGGACCCUGAGGAGCAACGCCACGGAGACCGAGGACGUGGAGUACUUUAUUCUGCCGUCCGAGGACAACGUCGCCACUCUUGACCCGAGGAAAGGGGACCUCGUGCUCCACUCUCUGCCCAAGGAUGGCGCUUCGAGCGCAAUCGUCGUCCGGGCGAGAGAAAAGUCCGGCGCCGAGGCCUUCCUCGAGAUAAACAUCCAGCCCGAAGCCAUCCCCGAGGACCAAAUCAAUUGCACCCGAUAUCUCAAGGACAUGUGCUUUUGGAACGGCACCAAGUACAGGAUUUACGAGAACCAGCCGGCGACGAUGCUCGGCACUCUGGCCCCGGACGUUUACAAAUCCAUUUGUCCCAACUUUUACGUCAGCGGCUACGAGUUGCUCAACGGAACGAAUUUCUUUUAUCUGGUGAACGACAAGUUGUACGCCAACGAGUCGCUCGAUCGAGACGCGAGGAAGCCACCAAAGGGCACCGGGCCGGAGGUGUCGGUCGAGCUGAGAUGCGGAGUCUGGGAGGAAACGACUGGGAUGCAGUACACGGUCGGCAGGGUAUUGAGCAUCGACGUGCUCGAUCAGAACGACAAUCCCCCGAUAUCGCAGACGAACGGGAGCGUCGAGUUUCACUUGAGCGAGUUUACCAAGGGCGAUCGAUUGGAUGAAAAUGAUUUACUGAUCAAGGACGCGGACGACAUAAACACCAACUCCUACAGCGUCCGGUUGCUCGACGACGUUCACAAUGCCAUUAAUUUGACAUUUGACACCAUGUCGAUUUAUCACCCGAAAAUGCCCAACUUUCCCCCAUGGACCGCAAUUUACGCAAGAUUGCACUCCAGGACGACGCUACUUCCCGAAUCGCCGUAUCGCGUGACGUUGCAAGUGAUCGAUGAAUCCCUGCUGCCGGGCUUUGGAAACAAUACGCUCAACAUCACGCUGCUGUUCGUCGGUCCGCAAUACCGGAGCACGACGACCGCGGCUUCAGUACCCACGGCCCGCCGGAUCCUGUACCCAGAAUCCGUGCGCGUGUCCCGGGGCUCGGGCCGGUUCUUCCGGGUCGCCCAGCCCAUCGAGCCGGUCGACUCUAAGGUGGUUUUCAGUUUGCGGGGACCGCGGGCCUUUGGCGUCACCCGCGCGGCUGGCAUCGUUUACGUGGCCAACUCCAGCGCCCUGCACUCCCUGCCCGCGGUUGUUAGCUUGCGGGUCGAGUGGCGCACGGCCACCGAUCAAUUUUCCGUGCCUAUGGCGGUUAAGGUUUACGAGCCGGAGGAGACGUGCGAGCACCUGGACAGGACGGCCAGCACCUGCGCCACCGCUGGGAAUGCCGAGGACUGCGAGGGCCGGUGCGGCGUGGGCAUUGGCGACUCCGACCCAAACGACGAAAAGACGGGUGGCUGCGUUUGGCGAUCCAACAAAUUGAACAGCAGCGCGAUGACUGAAAAGUACCAGACCUGCACGCCCAACUUGAAAUUCUGUCCCGAUUACACGUGCGACGAGCUGGAAUACCUCGAUUACAAGAUUUGCCCGCAGGACUGUGUCAUCGAAGCCGAGGUGCACUUUGCCGAGCUGAACAAGAACGGCCGAGGCAUCAGACGCGGCGUCGGCACCUGCAAGUGCGAGGACACCAUGCAGUGCAACUGCGGCCUCGGCAGCGACAAGCCAUCCUCGUCCUCGUCCCCAAUGGUGAUUCACAAAAACCACCCCACCGCAACCGAAACCCCGGCGAGGAGCAAAAACAACGGAGUCCCGCCCGAGGUCGUCGCGUCCGACGCGAGGAAAGCUACAGGUAGCCCGUGCGGGUCGACGUGCGUGAUAGGGAUAGUGUCGUCGUGCGUCUUCGUCGUGCUGAUCAUCAUCGGGAUUUGCUUCGUCUGGCGACACAGGUAUGGAACUAAGGUGCCGAGACGAGGCUGCAUGCACAGGGGCAGCGACGGCAUCAACGGCGUCGGGAUCCUGCCGCUGGACUACGCGGAUCGCGGCGACGGCCUGCUAAUUGGACUGGAAUCCCUGACAGCUGCCAAUCGCAUGCUCCUCACCCAGAAGAAUUCCCCGCCGGACCCAAAGUGGGAGUUUCCCCGCUCGCGGUUGACGAUCGAGCAGGUGCUGGGCGAGGGCGAGUUCGGCCGAGUCUUGCGAGCAAAAGCCCAGGACAUCGGGGGCUGGUCGGGCUUGACGACCGUGGCCGUGAAGACCCUGAAGGAGGACGCGAGCACCUCGGAGCUGGUCGACCUGCUGUCCGAGUACCAGCUGCUCAAGGAGACCCAGCACCCCAACGUCAUACGGCUCCUCGGUGCCUGCACGACGCUGGGCGGCCCGAUAUACCUCAUCAUCGAGUUUGCCGAGUUUGGCUCGCUCAGGAAUUAUUUGCGAAGAAGUCGUCAUUUGGGGGACGAAGAGCGAGUGCCGGGAUCGACUUCUCUUUUGGCUUCUUCGCCAAACAAGUCAUUGGAUCAUCACGUCAACCAGACGGUCAAUUGCACGAUAACCCCGAGGGACAUAAUUUCGUUCGCCUGGCAAAUUAGUAAGGGAAUGGCUUACCUGGCGGAAAUAAAGUUGGUUCAUCGAGAUUUGGCUGCGAGAAACGUCUUGCUGGCAACGGGAAAAGUUUGUAAGAUAUCGGACUUUGGCUUGACGCGCGAUGUCUACGAAGAUGACGCUUACUUAAAGCGGAGCAAGGGAAGAGUGCCCGUAAAAUGGAUGGCACCGGAAUCCCUGGCCGAUCACGUCUACACGAGCAAGUCCGACGUUUGGAGCUUCGGUGUGCUUCUCUGGGAGCUCGUCACUCUCGGCGCAUCGCCCUAUCCAGGCGUCGAUGUGCACAACCUUUACAAUCUCCUCAAGGCCGGUUAUCGCAUGGAAAAGCCCAAAAACUGCUCCAAUCAACUGUACAAACUAAUGGUCUCCUGCUGGCACGAGGAGCCAGGAAUGAGGCCGUCGUUCAAGGAGCUCGCCAACCACUGGGAACGCAUGCUCGAGGACGCUGUCGAAUACCUCGACCUCAAUCCCCGGACCGUUCAUAAUCAAGCGUACUUUACGACGCUCCACGCCCUGGACAGUCCCAACUCGAGCGGCGAAUCGACCCGCGACGUUGUGAGCUACGCCCUGGUGAGCUCGGCGAUGGCCAACAGCGGCGUCAACUACAUGAGCCGGCCGUCGUUCGAGCAGCCCUCGAAGCCCGACCAGGUCGACAAACUCGAGGCCCUGUGGCACGAGCCUCUAAACACGAGUUUCGCGGACAGCGGCGUCGAGGAGGACUCAGCGACGCGCUCGACCUACGUCAACGAGGCCGCCUCGGAAGCGUACCGGCAGCGCCGGGAUAUCGAUCACUACGAGGUGCCGAUCAAGAUGAGGCGCCAGACGAGCAGCAGCGACAACGAGCUCGCCUCGUCGAUGAGCUCGGGGGGUGGUAGGCCGCAGUCGUACAUCGACAUGCAACCCGGAGGUAGCGGCAAACUCGACGAUCUCCUCAUGUCCUUUGGGAGCUCGGAUAACAAGGACGAAUCGGCCUUGAACGACUUUGACGCUUGAGCCUUUUUUUCAUCCAAUCCAACUCGCACAUAAUAUAUACGUCUGUUUACGAGGAAUCUGGAAGAACACUGUACUAGUGUUUCAACAUUAAUGGGAGUCAAGUAUUUAGUACAUCCAUAUGCGCAACUGUAUAAGGAUACAUUUAUAUGUGUACAGGCCAACAAUGUAACGAUACUUACGGCAAAUGUGGACCCAAGUGAUGUUCCAUGCACAUGUACUUCUGCGGGAAGAUUUUAUAAGAACUUGGGCAUUGUACUUUUGAUCAUCUCGGUGUGAUGACUGGAAUAGUCUUCAUUGUACAUAUAUUCGUUCGAAGGUAUAGAGUAAGAAGAGCGUUUUUUUUUUUUUUUUUUUUAUAUAUAUUUGUCAAGGUGUGAAAUGAAUGACAAAAAGUUGCGAGAGAAAUGGUGGUGAUCUUAUUCUAACGGGAGGUAUCCAUUUGCGAGAAAAUUUGUCUUCUCUUGUUUUCCCAACAGCAAAAUUAUACCGUAGUUAAUCUAUUCUCACGAAAAAAAACUAUAAUGACUGUACUGGGAAAAAUACGGUUCUUACUAUUUUGUUUACUAGUCAAUGAUCUAAUGAAAAUAAAUUAAAGUAGAAAAAGGGCUAAAGGUGUAUAAUAUUAA